AUGGCGUUUGGUUUGAUCGGAAGAGUUGUUGGAACGAAGCCGUCGAGGUUAUCCACGGCGGCGCGAUUGAUUCCGGCGAGAUGGACAUCAUCAUCUGGACCAGAAGCACAAACAAAAGCUUCUACCGGCGGCGGAGGAUCCAACCUAAAGACUUUCCAGAUCUAUCGAUGGAAUCCAGAUAAUCCUGGUAAGCCUGAGCUUCAGGAUUACAAAAUCGAUCUCAAGGAUUGUGGUCCUAUGGUUCUAGAUGCUUUGAUUAAGAUCAAAAACGAAAUGGAUCCAUCUCUCACUUUCCGUCGAUCGUGCCGAGAAGGUAUCUGCGGUUCGUGCGCGAUGAACAUCGAUGGAUGUAACGGUCUCGCUUGUUUAACGAAGAUUGAAUCUGGUUCUUCGGAGACGACGAUUACGCCUUUGCCGCAUAUGUUUGUGAUUAAGGAUCUUGUGGUGGAUAUGACGAAUUUUUAUAAUCAGUAUAAGAGUAUUGAGCCAUGGUUGAAGAGGAAGAAUCCAGCUUCUGUUCCUGGGAAGGAGAUUUUGCAGAGUAAGAAAGAUAGAGCUAAGCUUGAUGGAAUGUAUGAAUGCAUUCUUUGUGCUUGUUGUAGCACUUCUUGUCCUAGCUAUUGGUGGAACCCUGAGUCUUAUCUUGGCCCAGCUGCUUUGCUACACGCCAAUAGGUGGAUAAGCGAUAGCCGAGAUGAGUACACUAAGGAAAGACUUGAAGCCAUUAAUGAUGAGUUCAAGCUUUAUCGAUGCCACACAAUCCUGAACUGUGCUCGUGCCUGUCCAAAGGGAUUGAACCCAGGGAAACAGAUCACACACAUCAAGCAACUUCAGCAAUCUGGUUGA